CAAAUACAUACACAUUGUUUAUUUUUUUGUUUAUAAAGAAAUAUAAUGGCAUCGUCUUUCCAGCUUCCUUUCCUCCUCUUCAUGUUUCUCCAUUUUAUUUUACUGCUAUCUAAACCAGUCCACUGUGAUGGUAUUGAAGAUAGUCUGCUUAACGGUAUCAAUAAUCACAGGAAAAUCUUGAACCUGCAGCUACUCUCAAAGAAUCAUAAAGUGAUGUGCCUUGUCGAGCAAAUAGUUACUAACCAGUUAGACAGCGAAACUUGUACCAACAUGAGGCCCAUCACCAUCGCCACCAUGGGCUCCCACCCUCAACUGCCUACAGACUAUCCCAAUCUUUUGAAAGUGUGCAAAAUAAAAAAUAGCAUGACCAGAGAUGGGGUCAUAUUGCCUAUUUGUGUUGCCAAGAUUGUUGGCACUAGUAUAGCCUGCACAAAUUGUAUGCAAUCGCAAUACUCAAAGUACCUCAGUAGUUCCAAUUACACUAGAGUUGGCAUAUAUUCAGGAGAAACUUGGAUGGUCAUUAUCUUGGCCACGAACGCAUCCACCUUGGUUUCCAAUGUUGGCUUGAGUCACUACUUCUUGUUACUGUUGUUGGAGUUGUUUCUUGUUCUUUUAAACUAGUUAUUGGUAUGGAGUCUAAGUUUUUGUAGUAUGAAAUAAUGUUGGAGGAAGAAGUAUCAGCAAUAAUUCUUUCGAUUUGAGGCUAAGGUUUUGAAAAUAAAUUUUACGUAAAAGUAUGUAAAAGGUCUCAAUUAUUUCAUCAUUUUCGAAAGAAAAGUUAAA